AUGGCUGAAGGCAUAGAAAAUGCUGAUGUUAUUUGCUGCUUUAUGACGCCAGAUUAUCAGGAGUCACGAAAUGACAAACAUGAAUUAGAAUAUGCUAAUAAAAGAGGAGCACAUAUCAUUCCAUGUAUGAUUGGUGAUAAAAAUGAUAGGAAAUGGAGGCCCUCUGGCUGGUUGGGAUUGAUAACAGCAGGACGCCUUUAUAUAGACUUUCGAGACGACUCCGACUCGAAAAUUCAAUUGCAAACAACAGAACUUAUUAACAGAAUAAAAGAUCAGUCUUCAGUUUCCACAACAGAUUCAAGCCCAGCGCCAUUCAAAGUAUUUGCAAUGAUUCGAGAUAAGUAUCUACGAGAUAAUCAGAUAAAACUUAUGGUAAAUGAAUACAAACGUUUUCCAAUCGAACAAAGUUACAUUGAUUUGGCUAUGGUAGAAACAAAAGAACAGCAAGAAAAAGAGAGAAAGCUGAAACAACAAGAUAAAGGGCAUAAUGAUCACAUACUCGGUACUUUUGAAGAAAUUUAUGAAACAAAGACUACAAUUGAUGUCGAGAAUAUUUUCAAAAAAUGCAAGGAUCAGACACAGAAAGUACUGGUACUUGGACUAGCUGGAAUGGGAAAAUCCACAUUUUGUGAAUAUGUUACUUUUCGUUGGGCCAAAGGUGAAAUUUGGUCUGAAUAUGAUCUGGUUAUUUUGAUUCCGUUACGAAAAUUGAGAGAGAGUCGCUACCCAUCUAGAGAAAAUUACUCAGUAGUUGAUCUUGUAAAGGAAGAAUAUUUUAUGUUUGAUGAUUUAUCGAACGAAGAGAAACGACGCUUCAAAGAACAGUGUAAUAAAGGCAAAGUUCUAUGGAUAUUAGAUGGCUAUGAUGAAUUUGUCCAGAACAUUCCAGAACAAUUAAAAGAUGCCUUUGACUAUAUUCUUGAGACGCAGCAUCAUAUCUUGACGUCUCGUCCUCACGCGAUGGCAGUACCAUAUGAUGUGAAAAUGGAAAUAAUUGGGUUCACAAAUGAUAAUAUUGCCAAGUAUGUCGACCAAUUCUUCGAUCAGUUUAAAGAUGGAAUACCAAAUGCAUUGGCUCAAGGCCAAAAACUUCUGAAUUUCUUUGAGUCAAAUCCUCGCAUUUGGGGUAUUGCUCAUAUACCCGUACAUCUAGAAUUGAUAUGUUCUAUUUGGGCUAAUAUGGACUGGUUAAGAAAGAAAACCUUCACAAUGGCAGCAUUGUAUGAUAGUAUAACAGAAUGGCUAUGUCGACGGCACUUAAAAAGACAAGAAAUAAAUCAUGAAGAAAAAAGCAAGAGAGCUGUUUAUCAGAAAUGCAAUGCGGAGUUGCAAUUUUUAGAACACUUGGCUUUCAAAGCCAUGGAAUGCAACACAGUUAUUUUGCCACCGGCGCUCCUCGAAGAGACCGAAAAUGAAACAGAAUGUUUCUUAGAUAGUCAUCCACAAUUAUUGAAUAUGGGCGUUCUCACAUCAUACGAUGAUAAAUCUAUUGGUGAUCGAAAUCAAACCAAAAAGCAACAUUAUUUUGUUCAUAUCAGCUUUCAAGAACAUUUUGCUGCACGUCACUUGGUUCAAACGCUCAAGAGUUCUAACAAACGAAAAGCAAUUGAUUUUAUAAGAAAUAACAAGUACAAUCAACGUUUUCUCUUAGUGUUUAUUUUUGCAUCAGGUCUAAUGGCACAAUCUAACUAUGCAGAGUGGAUGGAGGUAUUUUGGUCAACUAUCCAGGGAGAGCCCUUAGAUCUCGUCGGCUUAAGACACAUCAAACUUAUCAUUGAAUGUAUCGAUGAGAUCGCAUCUCAUCUCUUUCCUAAACGCGUAUCGUUGCUAAGAUCUAUAUCCCUGUGCUUAUAUGUGUGCGUCCAAGCAAAGCCAUCCAUAAUCACCGAAAAGCUCUUACGAUCCAUCACACGCACAACUUAUAUAUUGAAUACAUCUAUCAUGCAAAAAACACUACUCGAACUUAUGGCAAGUCCCCAAGCAGCUACAAGGCAGAAAACACUCUGCAUUAUAUCAGAAUCAGCAAUAUCGGAGCCUACACCAGAGUUUCUUUUCGCAAUUGCCGUUGCACUACACGAUGAAGAUUCGCAAGUCAAAGAGAAAGCAGGUGAAGCUCUUGGGAAGAUGGGUGAAAAAGCAGCAACAAAUGACGUGAUCGCUGCUCUCUUGAAUGCACUGCGGUAUAA